UGAAUUGGGCUUCUUCUGAAUUGCUUCCGCCAUACAAGGCCCUCCCCCGCCUCACCUUCCGAGAUUCCCGCCGUCAAGCACCGACCAGGCAAUUCUUCUGCUACUCACUCUUGUGUACUUGAGGUUAGUUCCAUCUCUUCUUUACAUUUCUCCUCCGUUCGUCCAUUUGUAUCUCAUCCUCAGUACAUGUGAAAAGAGUUUCUCGCCAUGAUAGCGUUCAUUAGAUUUCGGAAUUUAUCGUUCCAAUUCCGUAAGGAAACUGAAUUAAAUAGACGUUUUCAUUCCGGAACGAAUCUGAAAUCCACUUCUCCGGAUUCUUCCUGCUCUGCCGUUGCGAUUUUCUGGGAUUUGGACAAUAAACCACCGAAAUCGUUACCGCCUUACGAAGCUGCUGUUAAGCUCAAGGCUGCAGCGGCUUCCUUUGGCGCCAUUCGGUACAUGGUGGCUUAUGCGAAUCGGCAUGCGUUCAGCUAUGUGCCGCAAGUUGUUAGAGAGAAAAGGAGAGAGAGGAAGAUGCUUAAUCAAUUGGAGAGGAAAGGUGUGAUUAAAUCGAUUGAGCCGUAUCUGUGUCGUGUUUGUGGGAGAAAUUUCUAUACGAAUGAGAAGUUAGUGAAUCAUUUUAAGCAAAUUCAUGAGAGUGAGCAUACGAAGAGGUUGAAUCAGAUCGAAUCUGCCAAGGGUAGUAGAAGAGUGAAGUUGCUCGCUAAGUAUUCGAUGAAAAUACAGAAGUAUAAGAAUGGUGCUAGGGAUGUUUUGACUCCGAAAGAGGGAUAUGGUCUAGCAGAUGAGUUGAAGAGGGCAGGGUUUUUUGUGAAGACUGUGUCGGAUAAGCCUGAAGCUGCCGAUGUAGAAUUGAGAAACGACAUGGUUGAGGUCAUGGAUAGGAGAAGAGCAGAGUGUUUGGUUCUUGUAUCAAAUGAUUCUGAUUUUGUGAAUGUUUUGAAGGAGGCCAAGUUGAGAUGUCUUAGAACAGUUGUUGUUGGGGAUCUUAAUGAUGGGCCAUUGAAGAGAAAUGCUGAUACUGGGUUUUCUUGGAAGGAGAUUUUAAUGGGGAAGGCUAAGAAGGAGGCUGUGUCUGUUGUGGGAAAAUGGAAGGAUCGGGACGUUUUGAAGAGAUUGGAAUGGACAUACAAUCCUCAAUUGGAGAAGGAAGUGUUUGGUUUGGAUGAUGAUAUGGGCGAGGAUGAAGAUGUUGACCAAGGUUCGGUUGAUGAGAAUAUGACAAAUGGUGACAGUGGUGCUUGGUGGGAUCUCAGCUCUGAUGCUGAAACUGAAGCUGUGUCGUCACGAUCAUGUAAAUGACUUGACACUAGCAUGUAUUGUUGCUUCAUCUUUACUUGAACACUACCUAGAACUUAAUGUUGCACAUUGCCCUAAAAUUUUGACUGAGUUUGAGAUAGGAGUUUAGAAG